UAGUUCGCCAAACAUGCCUCUUAGAGGGAUGAGGUGAUCGUAUUCAACUCGUUGCUUCCUGUAUCGAUCAGUUGAUACGAGAUCGAGACACAACACGGAAGUAAUUGAAUAUCAUUAGCGAAGUCUACUGCAUACGAGUAACGUUCGAAACAUGGUCGUAGUUCAUCAACCUCCCACUCCUGCGCAAUAUGAUAUGCAUAAUGAACUAAUGAAAGAAACAAGGAAAUUUAUCAAAGCCUACGAUUCUAUCGUGUUGCAUCAAGAACCGUAUCGGAGUUUGUUUCUGCUGACGUUGAACUAUCUGCGGGAAAAUCUCGUGCGUCUGAUUCAGAAAUUUGGCACGUUGUCAAAAGAUGGCAGCAAGGUUAAAUCAGUCGAAUGUUGCGGAGUUUUCUACGAUACGUAUGACGAUUUGAAAGAACACUAUGAACAAUCGCAUUACAGAAAAGCCCUGCAGUCAGCUUCCUUAUGUGAGCUGAAGAUGUCUCUCACAAAAAUUUCACUGUUUGAACGAACCAUUCGAGGAUAUCUGAAAGGCGGUGAAGUAUCCAGCUGUGAAAUGAUAAUGAAUUUAAAGAGAAUCCUCAGGAAAGUCGAUACAACGCUAGGCUUUUAAAGUAAGACUGGCUUCAUGGCCAACGCUUAUAAAUUUACCUAAUACUUGUAAAAAUGUGUCUCUAAAUUCAAUAAAACAAUAUUUAUCCGUUAACGUCUAAGGUA